AUGCAAUAGUUAAAUACAGCCCGGCCUUGUGAGCUGGGUGCAGGAUGGAGGUGGGAACUGGGGCUCCUGCCUUGAGCAAGCACCAACAUGAGCCGAACACAGCCCCCAGUGCCUUGGGUCCUCUGUUGGGCUGGAAAAGAGAAAACCCUGCAGAACUCUCCUUGGUGACAUAGCUCCGAAGGCACGGAGAGAAGGGCUGAGGAGUGAGGACUGCGCCUGUUUCCUCCUCAGAUGGAAGGGGAAGGUCCCAGAGCAGAUCCAGCCCUCCAGCCGUGAGCAGACAGUUGGAUCUUUGGAGUCACUGAGCAUCGUCCCCAAGAGUGGAGAAAGGAAGCCGGCAGGAUGCUGAAGGCACCACUGCGACAGGAGAGUGACAGCCGGGACGUCCCAAACCCUGAGCUCCCCCCAGGGAGCACGAACACUGAGCCUGCAGCCCCCUCAGACUGCUGUGCCCCCAGCUCUGACCCACAGCUGCCCCCAACAGCAGCCGGCCCCAUGGAUGACUCCAGCCAGGAGUGGAGGCUGGUGAAGAUCAAGCGUGUCCUCAUCGCUCCCUCCAGUGAGCCCAGGAAAGCAAGUCUCUCCCGCAGCUCCAGCCUCUCUGAGAAGGAGCUGAAAGAGGCGAAGGCGCGGAGCCGCAGGAUCGUGGCACAGCUCACCACGGCACCCAGCCCCAGCUCCAAGGGCGUGCUGCUCUUCCACCGCCGCAGGCAGCGCGUCGACGGGCUCACUGGGACUGGCACAGGGCAUGGCACAGGGCUGCCAAUGAGCCUGGGGACACAGGGAGGUGACAUGGAGACGGGCGAGGGGCACAGCAGCCGGGGAACGAUGGGGGAGCAAGAGAAUGUGGCGUCUCUGCGAGAGUCCCCUGCUGAGGCUCAGCAAGUCCCAUUGAGUAUCUACCUGAAGGAGAACAUGGCACUGGCUGCUGCCAAUGGUGUGCACAAGGAGAAUGUGGAGAGCGAAGUGGGAGGGGUCCAAGGGACGCAGGACAGCUUGGGGACAAGAGUGGCCACUCCUGCCCCACCAGAGAACGUGUGCAUUCCUAAGCAGAAGAAUGGUGAGGUGCCCAGUGUGCCCACAGUGACAGCCAGUGCACCCAUGGGGACAGCCAGCACAUCCUUAGGGACAGCCAGCAUGCCUACAGGGACAGCCAGCAUGGCCAUGGGGACAGCUGGCACACCUCUAGGGACAGACAGUGUACCCAUGGGGACAGCCACCGUGCCCACAGUGACAGCCAACAUGACCGUGAGGAGAGCUAGCACGCCCAUAGGGAUGGCUAAUACACCUGUGGUGACAGCCAGUGCACCCCUGGUGACAGCCAGUGCACCUACUGGUGUGGCAAUGGCCAACACAGCCAUGGGGACAGCCAGUGCACCCAACAUAACCACAGUGACAGCCAGUGCACCCAUGGUGUCAGCCAACAUAACCACAGGGACAGCCAGCACACCCAUGGUGACAGCCAGUACCCCCACUGGGACAGCCAGCAUGCCUGUAGGGACGGCCAGCACACAUAUAGUGACAACCAGUGUGCCAAUGGGGACAGCCAGCACACCCAUAGUGGCAGCCAACAUACCAAUGGGGAUGGCCAAUGCAGCCAUGGGGAUGGCAAGUCCUCCCAUGGUGACAUCCAGUGCACCCAUAGCGACAUCCAACACACCCACAGUGACGGCCAGCACACCCCCAGGGGCAGCUCCCCCAGCCACGCAGGCACAGAGCGGGGCUCAGAGCAGGCAGUACUAUGAGGUCCACCUCACCCUGGCCAAACCCAAACCAGUGAAGAACCGCACAGCGCGGCCAUUCGGCACCCAGACACCCCCCGGGCUGAGCCAGCCCAUGGAGCCAGUCCCCAGUGCUGAGCCCCCACCACCCACCUAUGCAGAGACACUGGGCAGCCCACCCCCACUCAGCAGGGUCCGCUCACCCCCCACCUACUCGGCCCUGUACCCCCCUGGGGAGCAGAAGGCACUGCCAGGCCCCAGCUAUGGGCUGGCAGCAGUGGUCCCCUUGCCCAAAACAGGCAUCCUGGAGGAGUCGGCGGCACGUAGGGGCCACAAGAAAUCCAUGUUCACCUUUGUUGAGAAGCCCAAGUUGGGCCCCAACCCCGACCUGCUGGAUUUGGUGCAGAGUGCAGACAUCAGGAAGAAGCAGAAGGAGCACGGGGAUGCUGGUGCUGAGGAUGAGCCCUUUGCUUUAGGGGCCGAAGCUGCCAACUUUGUUCCUGCCAGCGCAUCCAGGGCUGCACAGCCCCUCCCGGUGCCCGACGAUGCCCCAGCGUGGUCCUCCUGCCUCAAGUCCCCCAUGUUGAAGCCGAAGCCAAAGCCGCAGCCCAGCCACAACCUGAGUGAAGCCAGAGGGAAGGGGGCUGAGCUCUUUGCCCGCCGGCAGUCCCGCAUGGAGAAGUUCAUCAUCGAGGCUCCCUCCCAGCCCGAACUGCUGCGCUCCCCAUCACCCACCAUGUCGUUGCCUCCCUCCUGGAAGUAUGAUGCCAACACUUGCCUGUCGCCCAUGAUCUCCAGACACCCCACCAGGAGCCCCUCCCAGCCCUCCAAAACCCCCCCUGCCUCUCUCUACGGCAACAACCUGACAGAGAACGAGGUGGAGCUCUCCAAGCACCAGCCCUACCAGCUCCAGCCUUCACUCUUCAUCCUCUCCCCAUCCAAAGCUCCAGCGAGGUCCAUGCCACCACCCAGACCCUCACCUCCCAGCGCUUAUUCCUACCCACAGCACACCUCCUGCCCCACCUCCCCGCUGCCUCCAUCCCCCGUUUGGCAACCUCCCACCACACACGGGGCCGCUCCCAGCCCUUUCCCCAGUGCCACCGGGGCUCUGCCCGUGACUCACGGUGCCGGAGGUGAUGGUGCAGAGCUGCUGCUGGCAUCGCCGUGCCACGGGCGCUCCCCUCGAGCCAAGGCUGGCUUCCAGGCUCCUCGACCCUCCUACUCCACCAGGAACGCGGGGAUCGAGCCACAGGAAAGGCGGCCGUCCCUCCCUGCCUCGCCCACUUGGACCCCACGGCUGGCGCGGCACCAGGGCAGCCAGGACGGCUGGGCCAGUCCCAUCUCGGUGCCCGAGCUGGAGCAGGGGCCGCCCCGGUCUCCGCCCUGGAGCGAGCGGUCGCUGUCCCCGCAGCGGCAGGACACCGAGCCCCGCGCCAGCCGCCAGAUGCAAGCGCGGCUCGCCAGGAACAUCAUCAACGCAGCACGCAGGAAGAGCUCCUCUCCCAAACCCCUGGGGCCGGACGGCUCCCGGCCCUUCACCCCCCCGGCCGUGGUUCCCCCCGGUUUGCCGCAGGGGUGCAAAGCCGCGACCCCGCAGCGCGCCCGCAGCGUGCUGGCUGCGCCGGGCAGCCCCUCACCAUCGCACAAAUCGCCCCUAACGGAGGGGCCCUGUGCCUCCCCCGGGGUGUCCCGAGCCACCUGGGUAGAGGGCCGACGGCUCCUGCUGCCACCCAGCCCGGCCGGGCCGUCCCCAACUCCAAAGAGCCCUUUGGCAUCGCCGGUGGUGGGCGCGAGGUCCCCGGCCAAACGCUACAGCUCCCGGUCCCCGACGGACUCGGACGUGUCCAUCGACUCCGAAGAUUCCGGAACCAAGAGCCCGGGUAUCCACAGCUUCAACCUGUGUCCGCGGGGCUGGAGCGGGAGCCUGCGGCUGAAGGCGGGGGGGUUACCGCCGGGAGCCCCCUGCACCUCCUAGAGCGGCCCCAGCCACUCACACCGCUCGGGGACGGGGCAGCCCCCGCGGUGCCACCCGUGGGAUGGGGAGAGGCUCCGGGUGCACGGGGUGGCCGCGUCCCUAUCAAUGCAUCACCGGGGUCAGCCACCUCCCGCCCGCCCACAGCCCCGUGUCCCAGCGCUAUUUUUACCACCCUAACCUUUUGGGGGCAGGACUGCGUGCUCAGCACUGAGCGCAGGGCAGCUGGCAGCGGGACCAUCCCUGUAUCCAGUACUGGUGGGGGGGCACAGCCCAGCACCCCACGGCUCAGCUUUCUGAGGGUGGCACAGCACGGUUGGGGCACCUUGCCCAGCCCUGCUUGGCAGCCCGGCUGCUUUCAAUUGAAACCAGAUUUGGGGGGAGGAGAAGUGAAUAUUUUAUCCUUCCCUCUUUGUCGCUUUAAUGUUUCUUUUUCUUUUUAACUUUUGACCCCUCCUGAAGGAACGUCCCCUAAAUUCUGCCCUAGUGAUAAUGAAGAUAUCCAGAGUUAUUUAUUGCCAUGCCAAGGGGACCAUGGACAUGUCGCCUCGUGCUGCCCAGGCAGAAGGAGCCAGCACCAACCCCUGUCACUGUCCCCAUCCCUGUUCCAAUGGAGGGACAUGGCAAGGAUGGAGGGCAGUGCAAUGUGGGGAGGUGGGGGCAUGCAGAAGUCAGCAGUGCAGGUUGCAGAAGGCUGGGAGGAGGUCGGGAUGCAGGUUUGAGGGUUUGGGGACAGAUCGGUGUCUACAUGGGAGCUCCCUGCAAGGGGCUGAGCUCCCUGGAGCACAGCAGUAAUGGUAAGUGAUGGGGGGUGAUGGGGAGAGGGGGGCAACAGAGUGGAUACAGUUAUAGGGUAGAGCUUGGGGAGCAACGCAGGGAGAGCUAAGGCAGCAACUAGAGGGAACCGGGAGGGUGCAGCCCUGGUGCCAGCGAGAGCAGCAAACAAAACGGAGGUGGCACCACAGCAUGGUGCCUAUUAGGGCAGCCCCUGUCCCUUCCCCUGGGAACAUACUGUGGUAGCAAGCAUCCUUGUCCCCAGGGUUCUGCAGCCACCACAUCCCACCUGCGCCAUGCACAUGUAUUCCCAGCUCGGAAAUAAACUGCCGCUAUCCCA